CCCGCCCUUCUCUUGGACAUGUCAUAUUAAGUGUAGGCAAAAACCUAACGCCUGGUCACAUUUGAGUCUAUAAAUCACAAAAUCGACUGUUCAUCGAGGUCUUUCAAAAUCUUUUUCUGGUAAGGUGCCAAAGAGCCCCCAGUCCCGUUAUGUCGAAGGGCUGACUUGUAUUUUGGACUCUCAAAUCUAAACCUGCAUGUCUUGGACUACCACACACCUACGCACUCAGAAGUCAGAGAUGGACACUUGGGCUUUUUUAACCAUUCUGUUUGCUGUUACACAUUAUGUUUCAGGACAGAGUGCCAUAAGGUGGUGCACUAUUUCCCCUGCGGAGGAGUCCAAAUGUAAAGCCAUGUCUCAGGCCUUUACAAAUGCCACAAUUCGACCAACACUACGCUGUGUUCUGGCCUCAUCUAAAGCCGAAUGCACUCAAAAACUCACCAAAAAUGAAGUUGAUGCUUUUUCAGCCAAUGUUAAAGACAUAUAUAACAUUGCCAAGCAAGCUAGCUUCAAAAUCGCAGCUGGGGAGUCUGCAGAAGAUGGUAAGGGAAUAAACUACUAUGCUGUUGCUGUGGUUAAAAAGGCAAAUUCAGCCGUCAACAUCAACAAUCUAAAAGGAAAGAAGUCUUGUCACACUGGCAAGCACCACACGGUUGGCUGGACCAUCCCUGUUGGGUAUUUGAUUGACAGUGGAAGGAUGUCUGCAAUGGGGUGUGACAUCGCUCAAGGGGUUGCUGACUUCUUUAACGCCAGCUGUGUCCCGGGGGCUAAAGACGAUCCUGCGUCUCUGUGUCAGCUGUGUGCAGAAGGAAAUUUGAAGUGUGAUGAAAACACCAAUGAGAAAUACUACUCAUAUGAUGGAGCAUUUAGGUGCAUGGUUGAGGGUGCAGGGGAUGUUGCCUUUGUGAAGCACACCACUGUAGGCGAGAACACUGAUGGUAAGGGAGACUCAUGGACUGAAGGCCUGCACUUAGAUGACUAUCAGCUCCUGUGUCGGGAUGGCACCCGCAGUCCUGUCAAUGAUUUCGAGAGAUGCCAUCUGGCUCGUGUGCCAUCAAGAGGCAUUGUUGUCCACAAUGACAUCAGCAGUUCAGUGGUGUACAACAUGUUGCGUGAGGGACUGCAAAAGUCUGGGUUCUCCCUGUUCUCCUCAGCAUUCUUUGGUGGGACCGACCUGUUGUUCAGUGAUGCUUCAACAACAUUUAUCUCAUCAGGAAAUGAAAUCUAUAUUGAGUGGAUGGGCCGAAAAUACUAUAACAUAUUACGAGCUAUGGACUGCUCAGAGUCUGAUGUUCCUUCUCAUCUUACCUGGUGUGUCAUGUCUAAUGGGGAGCAGCAAAAAUGUGCAGACAUGGCUGUGGCAUUCAAAAGCAAAAAAUUAAUUCCUGAAAUUAAGUGUCACUAUGGUAAAUCUGUGGAGGAUUGUAUGCAGAAAAUUCAGAACAAGGAAGCUGAUGCCAUCACUCUUGAUGGAGGCUACGUCUACACAGCAGGGAAGAGUUUUGGGCUGAUACCUGCUGUUGGAGAGAGCUAUACAGGAGGCACUGAUGGCAGCAUUUAUUAUGCUGUAGCUGUGCUGAGGAAAAGCAACAGAGACAUCCAGAGACUCAGUGACCUCAAGGGUAAGCGCUCUUGUCACACAGGUUAUGGCAGGACAGCAGGCUGGAACAUUCCCAUGGGUGUGCUCACAGAAAAAGACAUCAUCAGACCACAGAAAUGUCAAUUGGCCCAAGCUGCUGGGGAGUUCUUUAAUUCAGCCUGUGUUCCUGGAGCCAAUCAGGAUGGUAUCCCCAGUAACCUGUGUGAGCAGUGCAUCGGAGACUCCAGUGGUCAAAACAAGUGUGACAAGGGCAAGGAUCUGUAUGACGGUUACAAUGGAGCGUUUAGGUGCCUCGUUGCAGGUCAUGGUGAUGUGGCCUUUGUCAAACAUUCCACUGUUUUCCAGAACACAGAUGGAAACAAUACAGAGCCUUGGGCGUUACGCUUGGAAUCCCGUGAAUUUCAGCUGCUUUGCUCUCAGGAAUCUCGUGCUGAAGUCACUCAGUAUAGUAAGUGCAACCUGGCCCGUGUCCCCUCCCACGCUGUUAUGGUUCGACCCGAUAUCAAUCACCACCUUGUCUUUGGUCUUUUGGAUAAAGCUCAGAAAUUCUUUGGAGUUAAUACUGUCUCAGGAUUCAAGUUGUUUGACUCCAAAGCAUAUGAGGGAUCAGACCUGAUUUUCAAAGACUCAACCAUCUCUUUGAUUGGUGUGGGUGAGAAGAAGACUUACGAAGAGUGGCUUGGGCAAAGCUACCUGGAUGCGGUGAUAGCGAUGGAGUGCUCAGCAUCUUCAAAAGUAUUUUCUUCAACUUCACUAUUGCUGAUGAUCUUUGCGAGCUCCCUGGUGUCUCUGUUGGCUUUGUAGCAGGUCUGCCAGCCAUAAAUGUGGCCCUCUGUGAUGUCAUCUUUUCCUGACUCUGCCCAUUAUACCAUUCCAAAAUCUUCAGCAUUUCUGUUACUUAAGUUAAAAUCAAGCUGCAAAUCAAAAUCUACAAUAUGCUUGUACUAUCUUCAAUUCUUGAAAUGCACUAAGCAACAAGUGGGCUAAGUUCUUUUUUUUUAACAAGAAUCAUAAAGACUGGUUAUUUGUUAGACCAUCUGUAUUAUUUCAACAUCUGUCUGAUUGCUGUGGGCAAUAGCCAUAUCAGUGCAUAUGCUCUGCCUGUUACAUAUUUAUUGCACAAUGUUUAUUGCAACUUUUAAAGGCUACAUUUCAUAAUUUUAUGAGCUACUUGAAGGCACAGGCCAUAUCAGUGAAUAUGCUGUGUCUAGCACUUUUCUCUUUGGCAUUUGCCAUGUCAUAGCAUACAGUAUGCACAUAAGUCAUACUUCUGAGUGAAUUGGAUUUAAUUGAUUGUUUUCCUCUUGUAUUCUCCCCAGACUGAAAGCAGAAGGAAAUAUAAUUUGUUUAUAAAGUUGAUUACUGUUAAUUUCUUUAUUACUAGUAGUAUUUCCUUUGCUUUUGUAUCCAUAAAAAUGAACUGCUUAUUUUGCUCAUACUUUUAAAAUCUAAAAUAACUGUUCCCCAAUCUGCUAAACAGUCACUGAGAUGAAACAAGACCAUGAAUUGUGAUACACUCAGCAAAGCAUUGCUUUCAUACCUGGGGGAUUAUACUGUACAUCUUUCCAUUGCCUGCACAGUUUGUUCUGUUGCAACAUUGUCUAUUACAAACCCUUUGUUUCUGCAUUCAGUUAGUAUUGUUGCUAUUAAUCACAUUGACUAAACAGUGUUCUCAAUGUCAUACCAGGGUCUUAACAAGGUCCUUUUGUCCAAAACCCAGUGGAGUUCAAUGGUGUUCCAGCAGAUUAAUUAUACCUUUUAUAAUUUCUCACCGGACUACAGCUAUAGAUUAUAGAUUUUUCCUUCAGCUUGCUUUGUUUUCACUGCAGUGCACACUUUGUUUCUUUAUAAUUGUAUGUGUUUAUGAGAUAUUUAUUUUUAUAUGUCAUUCAGAUACCAUAUAUGUGUAUAUGUGCUGACACAUUAAUGUCCUUUAUUAAUGCUUGCUUUUGUCUAUUUGUUGCAAUUUCUUCAAAACAAUCAUGGAAAUGUAACUAAUAGUUGGCAGGCCAGUGUGUCUGCUCAAGUAUUACCAUAUACUGUCUAUGGACUUCUAUUAUUUUAAA